AGGCUGGCAGUCCUCCAGCCUGGCUCCCGAACGACUAGCAUCAGAGUCAAACUUGUCCAUACGACAUUUGCAGAUCGGCCGAAGUAUGAAGCGCUUUCGUAUGCAUGGGGUAGGGCAGAUGUGGUCAAGGGCGUUGAAUUGAACGGAAGAAGGGUAGAAAUUAGGGUGAAUUUGUGGCUCGCUCUUGUGCAUCUUCGACGUACGAAGGAAGAGAGACUUCUUUGGAUUGAUGCAAUUUGUAUCAACCAGGCAGAUCUUGAGGAACGCAGUGAACAGGUUCAGAUCAUGGCAUACAUCUAUUCGCGCGCGAAGAGAGUCCUCGUCUGGCUCGGA